AUGAAUGCACUGUGCCUUGGUAGGCGAAUGCCACAAGAUACAAAUACACCAACAGGAUCAUUUGGCGGGCGACCGAGCGCCUGCCGUGAAACGUCGACUAAGAGUGCAAACAUAUUCUCCGCAGUGAACAAUUUCUUCGCUGAUUCGCCUUUGGUGAAUCAGCUCAAAGGCAUUAUGACUCGACAAACAACCAAUACUGAACCAGGACCGCCAGAUGACAAUCGAGGACCACCUACGGUUAAUCUCGCUGUCAGCCCUUCGGAAAGUCAAACAUCAAUGCGAUCAAUCUCGCCGCCUUCGCAGAGGCAAGUGAGUUUCCUAAAGCCAGCGGCAAACACUGCACUUGAUAGAAAAGCAUCAAUCAUUGAUGAGACAACUGGUAUCACUCGCACGCAAAUGAAAGAAUUCCGCGAAGCCUUUCGUCUUUUUGACAAAGAUGGCGACGGGACGAUUACCAAAGAGGAGUUAGGGCGGGUGAUGCGUAGCCUCGGACAAUUUGCGCGUGUUGAGGAGUUACAGGAUAUGCUGCAGGAGGUGGAUAGCGACGGCGACGGCAAUGUAAGUUUCGAAGAAUUUGUGAACAUUCUAUCAAAAUCCAUGUCUGGUGCUGGUGGAAACACGAGUUCUGCCGAACAAGAAGAGAGGGAACUCAGAGAUGCAUUCAGAGUCUUCGAUAAGCAUAAUAGAGGGUACAUAUGCGCUUCAGAUUUGAGAGCCGUUUUGCAAUGUUUAGGUGAAGACUUGUCUGAGGAGGAGAUCGAAGAUAUGAUUAAAGAAGUUGAUUCUGAUGGCGACGGUCGGAUAGAUUUCUUGGAAUUUGUAAGAGCUCUAGGUGAGCCAGAAGACGCGUGUGAUGAUGAAGAGGAUGAUGAUAUAUUGGAAACCAGUGAUGUGCCAUCACCGAGAUCGGUUCUCGCUUCUUAA